AUGGCGAGAUCGUCCGUGCCCGUUAUCGCCAAACGGUCUACUGUCCUCCUGCUCUUGAGCUUGAUGGCCAAAAUUCAACCAAGUUAUGCCUCUGCAUUUGAUCAUUUGAACCUGCUUUCUAGAAGCUCAGGAUCCUGUCCCAGCUCUUACGACUCCUGUGGUAGUAGUCUACCAGACGACUUCUGCUGUCCUUCUACCUCAACCUGCAUCAGCCUCGACAACGCCAGCUCUGCCAUCUGCUGUCCAUCCGGAGCUAGCUGUGACUAUAUCUCGCCAAUCGUCUGCGAUGUACAAGAGCAGAAUGCAACUGCACACCCCAAGAAUUCAGUCAAGACCACCAAGCUCGAUUCCUCCCUUCCCACAUGCGGAAGCGCUUGCUGCCCCUUCGGGUAUACAUGCCAAGGGAACAGCACCUGUGCCUUGAACACGAAGACUUCAAGCACAGUAACUUCUUCAAACUCCACAUCAACAUCUACCUCUACCACAGCAGACACAACCGGCGCUACAUUCACACCAGUAGCCUCACCUUCCUCAACCUCCGAGGCCAAGUCCACCUCAACCGUCUCAUCAACAUGUCCCUCCUUCCCCACCAAAGCCGUGCUAGCAGGAUUCUUCCCCGGCGCAAUCUUCGGCGCCAUCCUCGCCAUCCUAAUAACAAUCUGUAUCCGCCGCCGAACCCAAAAGAAAACCCUACACAACGAUCCCAAAACAGGCCACCACUGGUCCCAACGCUCCUCCUCCGGCGCAGUAAUGGGAAUCUCCGGCCCCAUCGCCAGCGAAGACAACUCCUACCGAACAGACUUCCUCCUCCGCUCCUCCGCCGAGCGACGCUCCUCAAUGGGUGGCCGAUCAAUGCUAUCUCGCACCGGGUCAAGAGUCAGAAGUCUUUUCUCCGGCCAACAAAGACCGAACAAGGACGUUCCCCCCGUCCCGGAGGUGCAGGUUCAAUAUCCCGUCACGCCACCGCGCCAGCGUCAGCCGAGCACUGAGAGUAUCAAGGUGUACUCGCCGCCCGGCGCGUUCUCGCAGUCGAGGAAGUUUUUGGGGCCUGAGCCGUAUCCGGGGACUAUUUCGAGGCCGGAUACCACGUUUACGGAUUUGGUGCAGGCGGUUGGGUUUAAUGAUUCCAAGGGAAAUCCUUCGUACAAACUUACCGAGUUGCAGGGGAAGGAGUUGAAGCUGUGA